AUGGAAUUAAGGAGGAGAUUUGGUCAAAACUUGAACGGGGAUGGGUUAAGAUUAACUUUGACGGGGCUUCAAGGGGCUUGUGAUGAUGAAGGGAAGGUUCUUUUCGAAGGUGCAAAAAGGCUGCAAGAUGGAACUAACAACAAUGCAGAGGUGCAAGCGGCUAUGUUAGCAACUGAUUUGGCAGUGAACAUGAAGGUUGAGAAAGUCCAUUUGGAGGGAGACUCUCAAGUUGUUGUUAACGCUAUUAUGAAAGGUGUAACUCCGAAUUGGAGAUUAAAUAAGUUUAUUACCUUAAUUUGCUCAAAACUAAAAACUUUUCAAGAUUUUUGUAUUUCUCAUGUUAGGAGAAGUGGAAAUGUCAUUGCUGACAGGUUGUCCAAUGUGGCAUGCAAUUUAGCUAAGGGAGAGAUGAGGUGGUGGGAUGGAAAUGAUAGCAUCAUUCAAUGGAGUUAA